UCUAGGGCUAAAUGAGGCACAUAUCAAUUCAAGAAUCUACACUAGCUCUAUUCUCAUAUGUCCUUUUCAGGCUAAAUCUGCCAAACUAGUCAGUAAUAAACAAUCAUCCCAACAAGGUUAGCUGCUUCCCUGUUUUGGGGGUAUUUGUAUGUUUUCAUGUUUAGCUAUAGGAAGCUGACCUUGCUCUUUAGCUUCCUCUGAUUUGACCUCAGUUAGUUUCCCUAAUCUAUGAUAGCAAUGGCUUAUUACUAUAGGGUCACAGACAGCAUAGUCAUGAGAGACCUAUUACAUAAUUUUGCCUCAGGCCAGUCUUAUUUGUAGUUUUAAGAAAAAAAGUUGUCAAAAAUAGUGCUCAGCUACUGUGUAUAAAGUAUGGGAUUUGGCAUCCUUUAAAUUGUGAACAUAUUAGCCAGAAAUGUGAAUUUUUCCAAUGUGCAUAGGACUGCUUUUUCCAAUUAAAUUUCAAUUAACCAUGUCCAAAGCACAUUUUUCGCUGUUUUGAAAUCUGACCUUUCCAAAUUUUCAGUCUUUAUAUUUUUUUAUUCUUUGAGCUUAAGAAAAAUACUUUAAUUGUUCUUAAUGAUAUGGAUCUUUUCUGGUUAAAAAUGAGCAAAAUAACUUUUGAAUAGGCUUUUCAAAGUUUGUGUAGCAUGUUCUUAUGAAUAAGCAUGAAUCUAGUUUAGCAUAUUGCUUCUUCUUAGGACAGGAUAUUUAGGAAAAAGUGAACGCUGGAUAGGAAGUAAUUACAAGUGUAAUUUUUGACUAAAUUAGAUUUAUAAUCACAAAACCUUCAGGGCAGAUACUAACUGGUUAAAUUCUAAUAAAUUAUUUAUAAUCUUCAAUAAGCCAGGCAGAAUGAAUUAAAAUGUCUUAAUAGAUGCAGUUAAGCAUUUUGAACAUGAUAUAAUGAUUAAAAUACCCUCCCUGAGUGUCUUGACCAGUAAUGGCAUUGAUUAAAUGAAAUAAAGGUUUGUGACAGAGAUAAUUAUAAAAACCAGUAAGCCAAAAAAACUACUCUAGGGAAUAAAACUACUAGAUUUCAGGCUAAAGGCACAGAUAAAAGUAUGUGGCUUUCAUCUGAAAAUAGGAGAAGAGGAAUGGAAAACAAAAACAGACAUGAAGAGGUGGUUGAAUAACAAUAAUUAUAGUAAACCGACAUUUGAGAUCAAAUCAAACAAUUGAAACAAGUCAUCUCUCUGUAAUAAUAACAUAAAUAUGACCUUUUCAGACAUAUAGUGCCUCCCUUGUAACUCUGAGAAGUAAGCAUCACACAAAUUGAUACAUUUGUUUUACAGAUGGGGGAAACUGAGGCUGAGAGGUUAAGUCAUUUAUUUAAAAUGCUAAGUAUGCAUUCUGAGAUUCCCAAGCUAGGUCUUUCUGACCUCUAAGCACUCAUUUAAUUUUCAUUUCCAUUUCUGAUGAACUUAACAAAUAAGGUAACAUUUUUCUAAUGCCAAUACUGCAAGUCUGCAAUACUACGUAGACAUUGGAUGGUCUACAAGAGGAAGAGACAGUGAACAGUGAAUCAUGUUCUACUUUCAAAGAGAGUAAAGGUGAAGGCAGGACAAAUAUACCUCAACAUUUCAAUGUAUCCAUGCUUUUAUCUAACUAGGUACUACAUCGCAAAAUGAAUAUUGUAGCUUGUCCACACCUUUUCAACCCAUGUGGUUUGUCCCUGUCCUCAGAGAGAAUCCCUGAAGUGUACUAUAGACGCCUUCUCCUGAGUUAUUUAAAAUUCUGUUGCUACCAAGAUGGCUCUUGGGCUGUUUAUCUCUUAUCCCUGGAUCUAACUACAUUAACCAAUCAAGCAAUCAGCAAACAUUCAUUAAGCACUCACUGUGUUCUAGGCAGCAUGUUAGAGAUAAAAACAAAAAAACAAAAAAACUAAGACUGAAAUACUCCCUGCCAUUAAGGAGUUUACAUACCAUCAGCAGAGAAAACAUGUACUUGCCAAAAUUAUAUACAAAAUGCAUGUGAAUUAAAUCAAAGGUAAUUUAUAGGGUGAAGACCCUAACAUCUGACAAGAUGAUGAAAUAGAUCAAAUAGAAGGUAGCACGCCUUUUAUAACUGACACUUCUUUAUUUGAACAUAUAAUUUCUUAAAAGUUUUUUGUGUCACUUCUUGCAUAUGUCAUAAUUUUAAAGAUAUUGUUGCUCUAUUAUAUCUACCAUGCCUUUUCUCCUUUCCCUUUGAAAAAUUUGCAACUACCAUUCUUUGAUGACUGGUUUAUUAUGAAUUGGAAUCAUAUAGCAUCACUGGGAAAAUGAUUUAAAAUAUGGAUUUUUUGUGGGUCAUGGACAGUUUGGGAUUUAUGAAAGCACUACAUACUUUCCUAAAUGUCACUCAGCUUGCUCUCUUCCUCCUAUUCAAUUCUGGGCUGAGUCCAUUGCCUUCCUACAGUGCCUGUCCAAAAUACAUGCUAGUGAGCUGCCCAAUCAACUACAUCUCUUAGCCUAAAAAGAGAGGCAUGCUUCAUUCAUUUUGUUUUUCCUUUGUGGAUUGUUAGACCUAUCUCUUUUGAGUGUCGUGACUCUCAUUGAAGAGGCUCUGUAGUAUUCUGAGGCUUGAUGCAAUCAGCACAAUGUCAUCUGAAAACAGGAACAUCAGGAGGACCUCACCAUCUAUAGGGAAUCCCUCUUCCAUUUGGACUCUGCAUUGGACAUCUUCCAUGAUGGUGGCAAAUACCUUUGUGGCGGCACCUGACUUGCUGGAUCCUAAAUCUGCCACUCAGAACUCCAAACCGAGGCUCUCGUUUUCUACCAAACCUACAGUACUUUCUUCCCGGGUGGAGAGUGAUACAACUAUUAAUGUUAUGAAAUGGAAGACAGUCUCCACGAUUUUUCUGGUGGUUGUCGUCUAUCUGAUCAUUGGAGCUACUGUGUUCAAAGCUCUGGAGCAACCUCAUGAGAUUUCACGAAGGACCACCAUUGUGAUUCAGAAGCAGACAUUCAUAUCUCAACAUUCUUGUGUCAAUGCAACCGAAUUGGACGAACUCAUCCAGCAAAUAGUGGAAGCAAUAAAUGCAGGGAUUAUACCUUUAGGAAACAGCUCCAAUCAAAUCAGUCACUGGGACUUGGGAAGUUCCUUCUUCUUUGCUGGCACUGUUAUUACGACCAUAGGUUUUGGGAACAUCUCACCACGGACAGAAGGUGGAAAGAUAUUCUGUAUCAUCUAUGCCUUACUGGGAAUUCCCCUUUUUGGUUUUCUCUUGGCUGGAGUUGGAGAUCAACUAGGGACUAUAUUUGGAAAAGGAAUUGCUAAAGUAGAAGACACAUUUAUUAAGUGGAAUGUGAGUCAGACUAAAAUUCGAAUCAUCUCAACCAUCAUCUUCAUAUUGUUUGGGUGUGUUCUCUUUGUUGCUCUACCUGCAGUCAUAUUUAAGCACAUAGAAGGUUGGAGUGCUCUUGAUGCCAUUUAUUUUGUGGUCAUCACACUGACAACUAUCGGUUUUGGUGAUUAUGUUGCAGGAGGAUCAGAUAUUGAGUACUUAGAUAUUUACAAGCCAGUGGUAUGGUUUUGGAUCCUGGUAGGGCUUGCUUACUUUGCUGCUGUCCUAAGCAUGAUUGGGGAUUGGCUUCGUGUUAUAUCAAAAAAGACAAAGGAAGAGGUAGGAGAGUUCCGAGCUCAUGCUGCAGAAUGGACCGCUAAUGUCACAGCUGAGUUCAAGGAGACCCGAAGGCGACUGAGUGUUGAGAUUUAUGACAAGUUUCAGCGGGCCACUUCCAUUAAAAGGAAGCUUUCAGCAGAAUUGGCAGUGAACCACAAUCAAGAGCUGACCCCAUGCAAGAGAACCCUGUCAGUUAACCAUCUGACCAGCGAGAAGGACAUCCUGCCUCCACUAAUGAAGACUGACAGUAUUUAUCUGAAUGGUUUAACACCUCAUUGCCCAGGUGAAGAAAUUGCUGUCAUUGAGAACAUUAAAUAACCCACAGCUGGAAUACUGGUUCUUUGAAAAUCCUUGGUCUUAACCAUGACUGAGGACUUUGGAAUACUCUUUAUAAUUGAUGCUGUUAGCAUUUUUAAAGUGUGCAUGAGCUCAAAAGAAAAAAAAACACAAAUACCCAUUGUAGUCAUCUACCAUCAACAGAAAUUGGGAUUCUGAGCCAGCACUAUACUUUUGGAGAUGCUUGUUGAAUUGCACUCCUAUCUUUGAUAGGGAGUGGAACAAGCGAUGUCUGAUGCCUUUCUGUGCCCAGACUGUUUUUUUUUUUCCUUUUCCUUAUUUUUUUCGUAAUGUGCCAUAAGGCCUAAGAAUGAAUUCUAAUUGUUUAUUCUAAUUAUGUAGCUUUGAGGGAUAAGUCCUUAACUUUUCAGGGUCUACCUAACUGAGCCUAGACAUGGACCAUUUAUGGAUGACAACAUUUUUUUUGUAAAUGGCAAGAAAUUCUUAUGCAGCCUUUUACCUAAGAAAUUUCUGUCAGUGCCUUAUCUUAUGAAGAAACAGAACUUCUCUAGCUGUUGUAUGAUUUUUUCUUCCCCUUAACCCCAUUCCCUGUCCUACUGCCCUGCUUCCCAUGCCCCCAAUGCUUUGUGCAUGGAUACCCCACAUUCCAGAAAGCAGUGUAUGAAAGUAAUUGAAGUGAGAAUACCUGAUGAGAAAAUGGAAGUAAAAAGAGUAGAUGGACAUUGGAAUAAUGCUCAGUAACCCUAGUUUUAAAGGCACUAUAUUUACAAAAGUUGGGGAAAUGUCCCCUAAAUUUUUUCUCUUCUUCAGGACCCAAUAAUAAAAUAAACUUGUAUGAUUAUAGUUCAGAUCAUGGAAUAGUCAAGCUCCAUGGCAUGGCAGGCCUCAUUUUUUGUGGAAGUUUUCAGAAAUGACUCCAUUUAUCAUCAAGUGUUCCAUAAAGGAGAAAUAAUCCACAUGUAAUAAAUUAUUUGACAGAUGAAAGCACUCAAUAUUUUAUUUUAUUUAACGUGAUUUAAAUUCAUUAGUUUUGCUUAACCAAAAAUAGCAAAAACAAGUAAAAAGUGUGAUUUUGAAGCAUUUGCUAAUAAACAGUUUACUGCUAGCAUUUUUUUUCUUUGAUGUUUAGAAGGGUUGUUAUUCAAUGACCCUACUCCUGCUCCUGAACACAAGAUAAUGAUACCACUGCCCCAGGAGGGCACAAUCUUUCUAUCCGGCAUUGGGUGUUUUUUCUGGAGCUAUGAACGAAAGGAGAGUAAAAGUGGAAACUGGUAUCACUGUGACUUUGCACAUUGAAAACGUAGAUUGUAGGCAUAAUUCAUCCCUACCAUAAGAGAGAAAAAGCUGUUAUAGCACAAUUUAAAUACUGAUAGCUGUUUUUAGAUAGGAAAGGCUGAUAUUCAGAACUAAAACCUUUUUUAGUUAAUUUUGUAUCCUCUAGAUUUGUGGAUAUUUCUAAGAUUCAGAAAUGUUACAAAGGUACCCAGUAGAUUACUAAUUUUUUCCUUUAUUUUCAUAUUUAAGCCUAUUGUAGAUAAAAAUAAGUUGACACAACAUGAUUGCCUAAAAUAAAAUUGGAAAAAAUGUAUUGGGUUGUGUCCAAUGAGACUGUCUUUAAAAUAUAUUGAUGUUAUAAAAGCCUGUUUUUCAAAAAUAAAGAUUUAAGCUAGAAGUGUAAAUAUCCAGUUAACUUGCUGAGGGUACUAUUUUAAAUUUAGGAAGACUAAUACAAUAUUUCUAGGAGGCCAGGCGCUUUUAAAAAGAAAGCUACACCCAUUUCCUCAGUAACUGUGUCCUGAAAGUUCAUAUGGUGAGAUACAACUCUUGCCAUGUAUAAACUGUGAAUUGUAUGGAAAAAAAUAAAGUUUUUAAUUAAAGUCAGCUUUUUUGAAGUCUCCUACUUGGUAUUCUGAUGAUGAACAAUUAAGUCUGUCUCUGUCCAUAUAGACACCUCAAUAGAGCAAGUUGCAUACUAAUUUCAUAGUAGUUAAAUGGUAAAUGAAAAGUGCUUGGCAACUUAUCUUCCUUAUUAUAUUUACAUUAUUUUUGGUAAUCAAAAUCUGGCAAUUCUGUAUUUAAUGAUGUAAGUAGGUAUUUUAAGAGUAGAGUACAUGAAAAUAAAAUAAAUUGGUCCUAGGAUAUGAUAUAGGAUACAUUCCUUAUGUGACGUUUUAAAACUAAUCCAGUUGUGGGUCUGCUUAAAUAUCUUCUGCUUUGGGAAUUAACCAUAUUAGAUAUUAUUUUUAGAAAGAAAUAAUUUAACAAACAGUUGAAACAUU